AUGCACCCCUUUGGAGUUAAAGUGCUCUGCAUUGGCGUGAAUGGCUGCCUGUUUCAUCAGUUUGCUAUAGGUCGUCCAAUUGCUGUUGUGGACCAAAUAGCGGAAUUGAGAUGCUCGGAGGCUGCUUUUGAAAGCGCCAAAGGCUGCUCUGUCAUCGGUCUGUGGGCACCGAGAGUAUUCAUGGCUGAAUCUGGCAGCGUAUUCUCGAAGAGGCUCAUUGUCUCCUUGCCGAAUGGUGUAAAGGUAGUCGGCGAAGUAAAAGCGAUCAGUCUGUAUCGUAAAAUGAUUGAGGAAGAUUUGUUUUAA